CUCCAUUGACCCCGCCCCAGGUUGCUUAGGAGAUGAGAGACGCCGAAUCUUCGUAGAUGUUGGCGGCGCGGAGAGCAGGACAGGUGCAGAGGGAACGCCUCUGAGGUCUGUACCUCGAGGGCGGCCAUGGAGAGCUCUGACAGCUCCUGCCAGGACUGGUGCAGCAGUGGGCAACACUGGUUUGAGCUCGGACCCACGGACUUGCUGGAGCGCAAGGGCUCCCUGACCCUCCGCUCCCAUCACAAGAAAUACUCGAAACCGGUGUUGGUGUAUUCCUGGCACCGUGACAGAGAAGCUUAUCCCAAAGAUUAUGAUAUAGAAGGUCCCGAGGAAGUAAAAAAACUGUGUAAUUCAACGUAUUGGCGACUUGGAACCGAUGAACCCCCAAUUUGGAUAUCAGAAACACAUGAACAAAUGGCACAAGUUUAUUUAAACAAAGAAUUGGCUGAAGUAAAGAGCAAGACUUUAUUGAAUGAGGAAACAAUGAGCUCUGGGAUUAUUGAAAGGGACACUGGAUUGCCUGCAACAGGCUUUGGAGCUCUCUUUAUUAGACACCCACCAGAUCGGCGCAAAAUGUGUACAUUGACAACAUACGCUGAAGAAUAUGCUCCACCAUAUGAUUAUCAGCCACUUACUCUUCCCUAUCUUCCUUCUCUCCAUUCCAAUUCAUGGUUAAGCCUUAAUGGCAAAGGAUAUUUUUUCUGUACAUUUGGAGAACUCUAUGAUCUGAGUCUUCCAGGUUUGGCCAUUGAUAUUCUAAAGUCCUCAAGAUUGAUUAUCCUUGUCAAGAUGAUUAUUCAAUAGUCCACAGAAAAUGUCGUUCUCAGUUCACAGAUCUAAAUGGUUGCAAAAGAUUUGGCAU